AUGUUGACAUUACACCAGGAAGUGACAGAGCAUCACAAAGUAAAGAACAUACUGACAUUACAACAGGAAGUGGCAGAACAUAACAAAGUAAAAAACAUACUGACAUUACACCAGGAAGUGACAGAGCAUCAGAAAGUAAAGAACAUACUGACAUUACAACAGGAAGUGACAGAACACUACAAAGUAAAGAACAUACUGACGUUACACCACAAAGUGACAGAAUAUCACAAAGUAAAGAACAUGUUUGACAUUACACUAAGGAGUGACAAAACAUCACAAAGUAAAGAACAUGCUGUCAUUAGACCAGGAAGUGAGAGAACAUCACAAAGUAAAGAACAUGCUGACAUUACACCAGGAAGUGACAGAGCAUCACAAAGUAAAGAACAUACUGAUAUUACACCAGGAAGUGCCAGAGCAUCACAAAGUAAAGCACAACCUGACAUUACACCAAGAAGUGAAAGAGCAACACAAAGUAAAGAACAUGCUGACAUUAUACCAGGAUGUGACCAUGCAUCACCAAGAUGUGACUAUGCAUCACAAAGUAAGGAACUUGCUGACAUUACACCAGGAAGACACAGAACAUCACAAAGUAAAGAAUAUGUUGACAUUACACUAGGGAGUGACAGAACAUUACAAAGUAAAGAACAUGCUGACAUUACACCAGGACGUGACAGAACAUCACAAAGUAAAGAACAUGCUGACAAUAUACCAGGAAGUGACAGAACAUCACAAAGUAAAGAACAUACUGACAUUAUACCAGGAAGUGACAGAGCAUCACAAAGAAGUGACAGAACAUCACAAAGUAAAGAACAUACUGACAUUAUACCAGGAAGUGACAGAGCAUCACAAAGUAAAGAACAUGCUGAUAUUACACCAGGAAGUGACAGAGCAAUACAAAGUAAAGAACAUGCUGACAUUACACAAGGAUGUGACAAUGCAUCACAAAGUAAGGAACAUGCUGACAUUACAGCAGGACGCGACAGAACAUCACAAAGUAAAGAACAUGUUGACAUUAAACCAGGAAGUGAUAAAGCAUCACAAAGUGAGGAACAUGCUGACAUUACACCAGGAAGUGAUAGAACAUCACAAAUUAAAGAACAUACUGACAUUAUACCAGGAAGUGACAGAGCAUCACAAUGUAAAGAACAUACUGACAUUAUAACAGGAAGUGACACAGCAUCACAAAGUAAAGAACAUGCUGACAUUACACCAGGGAGUGACAAAGCAUCACAAAGUAAAGAACAUGCUGACACUACACCAGGGAGUGACAGAACAUCACAAAGUAAAGAACAUGCUGAAAGUAUACCAGGAAGUGACAGAGCAUUACAAAGUAAAGAACAUGCUGACAUUACACCAGGAAGUGACAGCACAUCACAAAGUAAAAAACAUGCUGACAUUACACCAGGAACUGACCAAGCAACACAAAGUAAAGAACAUGCUGACAUUACACGAGAAAGUGACAAUGCAUCACAAAUUUGUAGUUUCGUAGCUGUUUGGACUACACCAGGGAGUGACAGAACAUCACAAAGUAAAGAACAUGCUGAAGGUAUACCAGGAAGUGACAGAGCAUUACAAAGUAAAGAACAUGCUGACAUUACACCAGGAAGUGACAGAACAUCACAAAGUAAAAAACAUGCUGACAUUACACCAGGAACUGACCAAGCAACACAAAGUAAAAAACAUGCUGACAUUACACGAGAAAGUGACAAUGCAUCACAAAGAAGUGAUAAAGCAUCACAAAGUAAGGAACAUGCUGACAUUACACAAGGAAGUGACAGAACAUCACAAAGUAAAGAACAUGCUGACAUUACACCAGGAAAUGACAGGGCAUCACAAAGUAAAGAACAUACUGACAUUACACCAGUAAGUCGCAGAACAUCUCAAAGUAAAGAACAUGCUGACAUUACACUAGGAAGUGACAGAACAUUGCAAAGUAAAGAACAUAUUGAUAUUACCCCAGGAAGUGACAGAGCAUCCCAAAGUAAAGAACAUACUGACAUUACACCAGGAAGUAACAGAACAUCACAAAGUAAAGAACAUGUUGACUUUACACCACGGAAUGACAGAGCAUCUCAAAGUAAAGAACAUGCUGACAUGCUGACAUUACACCAGGAAGUAACAGAGCAUCACAAAGUAAAGAACGUACUGACAUUAUACCAGGAAGUGAUAGAACAUCACAAAACUAAAUAA